AUGGGUAUGUGUAUUAGUAGGACUUAAUCUUAAUUAGAAUAAAAAAGUGAAUACCAAAAAUGUGUUGUCGCCUUAGUAAGGCAUGGAUAGAGAGCAGACUAUGCUAUAGAUGAGAGCAUAGUAUAUGAUAUAAGUCAUGAUCCACCUUUAACUAGAGAAGGUAUGUGGCAAGCAAAGUUAACUGGUGAAGCAUUAAAGAAGUAAUUCUUAGAAGGUGGGUUUGAGAAAGUCAUUAUUGAAUCAUCUCCAUUCUUGAGAUGUAUAAUGACAGCCGCUUAGAUUUGUAAAGAAUUUUAGAUAGAUUAAUUUGAUAUAAACUAUAUCUUCAGUGAGAAGCUUACUCCUAAUAUUUACACUUACAAUCCAAUAGAUGACCUAUGUAUAAAGAAAAAGGACAAGAAGGACAUUAUUUAAAUGUACUUAGAUGGAGUAGAUUUCAAUGACUCUAAAUUAUUUCACAGUGAAAUAUAAUAAUGGUACCCCGAAAAUACUAAAAAAGCUGUUUAAAGAACUAAACUUUUCAAUGAUUAAUUCAUAAAAGAAUAUAAGAACUCAACUAAGAAAGUAAUGCAUAUUGUUACUACUCAUGGAGCAUUUGUUACUGGAUUCGGAGAAUUGUAUUACGCUAAUAAUAGAGCAUUUAACUUUUGCUCAAUUACUGCUAUAGAAUUUUAAGGAGAUUAAACCUCACUAUUAUUGGAUUGUUAUAGUUAGCAUAUUAGGUUAAGCGAUGGGAAAACUAUGUAUGAUUCUAAUGGAAAGUUUUUCAAUCAUUUUAGUGAUUAUUGA